AUGCCUACCUUGAUGCCGGAAUCCGACUCGGAAGACGAGCUACCUCCAGCAUGGGAAGAACGCGCAACCAGUGAUGGCUUGGUGUACUACGUAAACCACCAAAGCAAGAGCACCCAAUGGACGCAUCCGCGGACGGGCAAAAUUAAGCGUGUGUCUGGGGAAUUGCCCAUUGGAUGGACGCGACACAUCGAAGAAGAAACUCAUAAAGUGAUCUUCGUGGAAGAGAAGACCCAACGCAAGUCGUAUACUGAUCCGAGGCUCGCUUUUGCCGUUGAGGAAGCUCCAACACAGAUUGGAGAAUUGCGCCAGCGUUUCGAUAGUGGAACUAAUGCCUUGCAAGUACUUCAUGGUCGCGAUUUGUCCGGUAAAGUAGCACUAAUAACGGGAGCAAACACCGGUAUUGGGUUCGAGACGGCCCGCUCGUUAGCCUUACACGGUUGUGAGGUGGUAUUCGCCUGUCGUGAUGAAGUUGGAAGCAGAGCAGCAAUCGGUAGGAUUCUUGCCGAAAAAGAAGCUGCUGGAAAACGAUGCAAAUUUGUUCCAUUAGAUUUAGCCAGCUUACACUCGACCAAACUGGCUGCGGAGGAAGUAAAAAAAAAUUACAAUCAUAUCGACAUGUUAGUGCUGAAUGCGGGCGUAUUUGCCUUGCCUCAUUCCCUUACGGAAGACGGUUUGGAGCAAACAUUCCAGGUGAACCAUCUAUCGCAUUUCUAUCUAACUAAUCUGCUGUCGGAUGUGUUUAAUGUGACAACGCGCGUGAUUGUGGUUUCCUCGGAAUCGCAUCGGAUGAGCUCGUUACCGGUCAGUGGAUUAAGCGAAAGUGAUCUCUGUCCACAGCACCAUAAGUUCUGGAGUAUGAUGGCGUACAACAAUUCCAAACUUUGCAACGUGCUGUUCGCAUUCGAGUUAGCAAAGCGCUGGAAGCCAAGGGGCAUCUCAGUAUUUGUUCUUCAUCCUGGCAACAUGGUGUCAUCAUCCCUUUCCAGAAAUUGGUGGUUUUAUCGCUUUCUUUUUGGUUUGGUACGCCCAUUCACCAAGUCAUUGCAACAAGCCGCCAGCACAACCGUCUUUUGUGCUACAGCCCACGAAUUAACCGGUUUGACUUCAUUGUAUUUCAACAAUUGCUACGUAUGUGAACCAUCUGGUGCAUCUAAAAACGAGCAACUUCAGCAAGAAUUGUGGGAAUUAAGUGACAAAAUGGUUCAGCGUUUGAUGGGUGAAACUCAAUAA